AGUUCUCCCUGGAUUUCGCUCCGCGCUGCCGGGACGCAGCAUCCGCCCAGCCUCGGCAACCUCUGCUACAGCCGACCGCCCUGGAGCCGCUGAAGGACGUCCACCUGGGCCUUGCCCCACCCGGACGCGGCCCCGUUCGCCUAGCCGUCCUCUCAGGUCACUACCUCUACUAUCACUAUGGUUGCGACGGCCUGGACGACCGAGGCUGGGGCUGCGGAUACCGCACUCUGCAGACUCUGUGCUCGUGGCCAGAGGGCCGGCCCGCUGGCGUGCCCGGGCUGGCUGCCGUGCAGACGGCACUGGAGGACAUGGGCGACAAACCCCCUGGGUUCCGAGGCUCUCGGAGCUGGAUCGGCUGUGUAGAGGCCAGCCUCUGCCUCGACCAUUUCGGAGGGCCCAAGGGGCGCCUAUGCCAUGUGCCCAGUGGAGCGGGGCUUCAGGGGGAACUGGAGAGGCUUUACUCCCACUUCGCAGGGGGCGGGGGGCCUGUAAUGGUUGGGGGGGAUGCAGAUGCCCAGUCCAAGGCCUUGCUGGGAGUCUGCUUGGGGCCAGGCACCGAAGCCUACGUCCUGGUAUUGGACCCUCACUACUGGGGUGCUCCAAAAAACCCCAGUGAACUACAGGCUGCUGGGUGGGUGGGCUGGCGAGAGGUAAGCACAGCUUUUGACCCCAACUCCUUCUACAACCUGUGUUUGACCAGCCAUAACUCGGAAAAGCAGCUGCAAGCCCUGGACUGAAGCAAAGAUCCCAGAACUGAGACUGUCUCUGCCGCCCCCCCACACACACACACACCUACCCACUCUCAAAAGCAGAGACUUAGAGCUG